UUCAACUACAACUGAAUCAGAUGAAGAACACGACACCCUUUUCCCAAUAAACAAAAAACUCAAUCUCAGAGCUUGUAACUUGUUCCGAUGAGCAUGUUAGGCCUUAGAGACCUAGUUCUCAUAGCUCCAACCCCUUCUCUUCAUCAACACCAACACCAACACCGACACCAACACCAACACCAACACCAUGGCCAACCCAUUUCAGCAGAUCAAAGUUCAAACCUUCCUCUCCCUUCACCAGCUUCUCUCAGUGUUGGUUUUGGCAUUUUUCCACUCUUAACUGCCACUCCUUGCAUGCCACAGCCUCAAAACAAUGAGGUUCAAGAGUGUGGCAACAACAACAACAACAACUAUUGGAACCUCACGAUGUGCCCAGAAGUGAAUCCUCCAAAAAAGGGUGUGAUCAACGUGGAUGUUGAUGAAAGCCACAAGCUUGGGAUGGAGAAUGAAGAAAACGGGGUUUAUGGUGCUGACUUCAGAGUGUGUCAAGAUUGUGGUAACAGGGCAAAGAAAGAUUGCAUCUUUAGAAGAUGCAGGACUUGUUGCAAGGGACGUGGAUAUGACUGCAACACUCACGUGAAGAGCACGUGGAUUCCUUCAAUUCGCCGGCGGGAGCGGGAGAUAGCGGUGGUUGCCGGUGAUGGUGGUGGUGGUGCCCUGGGUGAAAGUGGUUCUUCUGGAACCAAGAGGCCAAAAACUUUAGUGGGGUCAUCACAAAAUGCCACUGCCACUUCUCUUAGUUCCAAUUCUAAUGAUGCUGGCUUCAAGCAGUGUUUACCAGGUCAUGUUCGUGCACCUGCUGUGUUUAGGUGCCAUAGAGUCUCUGCUAUUGGCAAUGGUGAAGAUGAAGUUGCGUAUUUGGCCACGGUUCAUAUUAGUGGCCAUGUGUUCAAAGGGUUUCUCUAUGAUCAUGGUGUUGAUGGGAAAGAUGCAAAUGCAAUUCCUUGUGUUUCAGAACUGCAAUUGGGAAACAAUUGCAGUGGCAAGAAUAGGGAAAUUUCUUCUGCAAUUGAGGUUCCAACCAAUAGUGCCUACCCUGCUUCUGCUAGCUGAAGAUUGCUUAAGAGGUACAAAAUUGGACCGAGAUUAAUUCAAAGUAACAUUAUGUUCCCUAUUGAUUAUGUUGUUUAAAUUGGUCAUUCUUCACCAGCAUUGUCAAACAAAAAAGAAAAACUCACUUUUUGAUAUUUUCAUGUGGAAAAAUGCUAGUUGCACUUCUCUUUGAAGUAAAUCACUUUGCAUCCGGGAAUGUGGCAGAAUCAAAAUAUAAAUGUGCAAAAAAUAGCUAGUAUAAUCAGAUGGUGAAAACUCUGCAUAUGCGAGGUGAUGUGUAUGUAAUUGUGUUUAGGUAACUGUACUCUUUUAUGUGUUGAUUCUUGGCUUCCCAGGGAUUUUGUUUUGUUUGCACUAGAGGAAGUUUCAGGGGAUUAGUGAAAAAUUCACACA